AUGCUUGUGGAAGAAGUACCCAAGACUAAUCCCAAUUCGCUGACGGUGUACUUUUCCCUGCUGAUCAACUUGACUGCUCGUCCUCAACGCAGAGCGCUUGGCGAUGACGAGGGACCGUCAUCUUCGAAUAAGCGGGCUAAGGUCAAUUAUAACUUAACCCAGUUAAUGCAGGCUCAAGUACAGGCUCGAGAACAGAGUCAGGCCCAAAUAAAAUCGGCUCAGCAGAUUACUAUCGAAAGAUUGGCGCUGAAACGGUUGCGUGACUUGAAUAUCGACCCACACUUUGACUUGCCCCGGACGUUUGAAGCCGACAAGCGGAUCGGGAAUACUCCAUCAACAAAGAAGAUUUUGACGGCUCGGCGUAACCUCAACCUGUAUUUUGAAGAAGAACGGAACUUGAUGCUGGUAAACACCAUCCUCAACCUGUGUUACCAGUUUAUCGAUUUCUCCGAGUUUGAGAAGAAGAAAAAGCAGCCUGAAGUGGUUAAGAAGGAUAAGUUAAGGCUUUGUUGUAUGUGUGGCAACUCGCUGAGCUACCUGAGAUGUCCUCUGUGUGGUCUCUACUCGUGCAGCGUGCGGUGCAACCGGCUCCAUCUUGACUCGCGUUGUAGUUAA